GCCUCGGCUCUUGCUGCCUUCUCGGCUGCCUGAACUGACGACCGUAGCGGCGGAGCUGAGCGAGGGAGCCAGACGCCGGUGCCGCCGCCAGCCAGCAGCCGGAGCGGGAAGGUGCGUGGCGGAGUCCCAGCCGGAGAAGAAGCUUCCGGCGGAGUCUGCCCUGGGUCCGGCGGCAUCCCCCGUCCGGGGAUCGCCGCGGCGGGAGUCAAGUUCUUUUGCAGGAGUUGGAUCUGGAAGACGGCUCCAUGCUGCUGGUGGCGAUUCCUCGAGAAAAGGGAAGAGAAUAAUCCCUUGCUCUGCAUAUAGGACCACUUUUUCUCUUGAUUGACAUUGGCUGCCUUCUUCCCCAUUUGGAAAGUCGUUUUGGAGCUGGCUUGAUGGAAGUUCGAACUCAGACGUGGUAGCAGCAUCAUUGCACUUUUUUUUCCUUUUUUUGGAGGGGGGGGGGGGAGAGAGAGCAAAGGAUGGGAACGGAAGAAAUGACAGGCGGCGCCCAGAUCUGGGGACAGAGCCUUUCGAUGGGCAGCUGAAGUUCAGGCUUCGCUACUUAAAACGAAACCGGGCGAAUGCAAAUCAAGCUCGAAGAGGAGGGGAGAAGAAGAGAGAUUUCCUGUGGAGGAAAAGAGAAAGGAGCGAUGGGGCAACCGGAUAGUUCUACUCCUGUUUCCCGUUGAUAUACUGGCGCCAUUGCUGAUGGGAUACGACCCCCGACCCCCAAAGUAGACUGCUUUUUAAGAGGAGAUCAACAUGCAAAGCGAACAGAUUCCAGAGCCAGCUAUCUGUGCAUCCCAUUUCGUAUUUUUAAUUUGGCUUUGUGAUGAGGCAAUUGAACUAAUUGAGACUCCGAGACAGGGUCUGGCUUCACAGGCUGAUGAGGACUUGAAGAUAAUGAAAGACGACAUGAAAGCAGCGAGUCUGUUAGACGAUCAUCAAACCCAACAGAGUUUUCACAACUGGAGGUUAGCAAGUGCAAGAAGGAUGGCAGCUCUGCCAAAAUUGGCCAGUGGAGACGUUUUUCUGAGUAUCCCUUCCCCACCAAAAUAAAGGACAAACUUCUGCAGAUGUGCAUGAACGUGGAGAGAAUGGGACAGAAGAGGGCAACUUGAACUCAUUAUUUCAUAUCUCCGGCACUGAAUUUCAUUUGUUUCCUCAUUUGCUGUACGUGUAUUGUUAUCAGUGUCAUCCUAUCACAACAGAAGAAAUCAAUGAAUUUUUAUUUUUUAAAAAACAAAACUAAAUAAGAACCCUUCCACGAGUAACAUCCUGGAGGUGUUUUUCUUCAUGGCUCAAUAGACAUCCUGUCUGUCAUCAAAUUUACUUGUUAGUCUGAUGUACAUGGAAGCUAGUGAAAGGUUUCAUUGUUUUUAGCCCUCUGGCCCCCAAAAACCACUUUUUCAGCGUGGCCAAAGGGUUUCUAGUCUAAGCGCCUGCACGCCAGCGUUUUUCCAGUGCUGUGUCAACUGAUCGCUUCAGCUCAGAACUGUGUGUACCUGGUAGCACAAGGUCCCCUCCGCUACUGCCGCCUGGGUUUGCGUAAAAAGCUUUCAAGUGUAUUUUUCCCACGCUGGCGAGCCUGAUUCAUGUUUGAAAUCUGAACAGUGGUUUUGCUUUGUUUUUUCCCUAAGAGGUGUAUGCCCGAAGGGAGGAAACUGCCUAAUGGAUCAUGGCUCUAAUCUUUACAGGACAUUCCUUAUUUCUAGCCUUAGCGAUGUUGGCAGCCUCCACUUUUGAAGAGUCUGUAAGCAAUUACUCCGACUGGGUGACUUUUACAGAGGAUGUGGAUCCGUAUGAGAAACAGAGGCUAGAUGAUUUCAGGACUAGUCAGAAGACGAAAAAGGCCGUGCUUCACCCAAGCUUAUAUUUUAAUGCUGAGGAGCUCCCAGCGCUGAGACAGAAAUCUCACACUAGCCAUCUCCACCUCUUCAGAGCCCUCAGAAAUGCAGUGUCAGCGAUGCUGUCCAGUCCAUCGUACUACCUCCCUCCCCCCAAGCAUGCUGAUUUCGCCGCCAAGUGGAAUGAGAUAUAUGGGAACAAUCUCCCUCCUUUAGCCUUUUAUUGCCUCCUGUGCCCGGAAGAUAAAGCUGCCUUUGAUUUUGUGCUAGAAUAUAUGGACAGAAUGGCUGGGUACAAAGACUGGCUGGUGGAGAAUGCCCCAGGUGACGAAGUUCCUCUGGGCCACUCCUUAACCGGCUUUGCCACCGCUUUUGAUUUUUUAUAUGCUUCGUUGGAUGAUGUCAGAAGGCAAAAAUACUUCGCCAAGAUAUGGGCUGUGACUGAGGAAAUGUACGAGUAUUCCAAAGUCCGUUCCUGGGGCAAGCAACUUCUUCAUAACCACCAGGCCACUAACAUGCUGGCAUUGCUCAUUGGGGCCCUGGUCACUGGAGGGGGCCUAGAGUCCCAAGCAAAUGCCUGGAAGCACGCCGUGGUGGACGUGAUGGAGAAAACCAUGUUUUUGCUCAACCACAUUGUCGAUGGCUCUUUGGACGAAGGCGUGGCUUACGGUAGCUACACCGCCAAAUCGAUCACUCAGUAUAUAUUUCUGGCACAGCGCCACUUUGGGAUUAACAACCUCGAAAACCACUGGCUCAAAAUGCACUUUUGGUUUUAUUACGCCACCCUUCUGCCUGGCUUUCAGAGGACUGUCGGCAUAGCCGAUUCAAAUUACAAUUGGUUUUACGGCCCCGAAAGCCAGCUGGUUUUCCUGGAUAAGUUUGUGCUGAAGAGCGGGGUAGGCAAUUGGCUUGCACAACAAAUUAGAAAGCACCGCCCAAAGGAUGGUCCAAUGGUGCCCUCCACUGCCCAGAGGUGGAGCACGCUUCACACCGAGUACAUAUGGUACGACCCGGGGUUAACUCCCCACCCUCCACCUGAUUACGGCACUCCUAAAAUGCAUGUGUUCCCUAAUUGGGGGGUAGUGACAUACGGAGCAGGUUUGCCAAACGCUCAGACAAAUACCUUUGUUUCUUUUAAAUCUGGGAAGCUGGGUGGCCGUGCUGUCUAUGACAUAGUCCAUUUUCAACCCUAUUCUUGGAUUGAUGGGUGGCGAAGCUUCAACCCAGGCCAUGAACAUCCAGAUCAGAACUCUUUUACCUUUGCUCCUAAUGGGCAGGUGUUUGUCUCCGAGGCCCUCUAUGGACCCAAGCUGAGCCACCUGAAUAACGUUCUGGUGUUUGCUCCAUCUCCCACAAGCCAGUGCAAUCAGCCUUGGGAGGGUCAGCUUGGGGAAUGCACACAGUGGCUUAAGUGGACUGGGGAUGAAGUUGGGGAAACGGCUGGUGAGAUCAUUACAUCCUCUCAGCAUGAGGAGAUGAUGUUUGUGAGCGGUGAGGCAGCGCCUGCCUACUCAUCAGCAAUGAAGCUGAAAAGCGUGUACCGUUCUCUGCUCCUGCUGAAUCCUCAAAUGUUGCUAGUGGUGGACCAUGUGGAAAAAGAGGAGGACUCUCCCAUUGACUCCAUCAGUGCCUUUUUUCAUAACCUUGACAUUGACUUUAAAUACGUACCAUAUAAAUUUAUGAGCAAAUAUAAUGGAGCCAUGAUGGACGUCUGGGAUGCCCACUAUAAAAUGUUUUGGUUCGACCAUCAUGGGAAUAGCCCUGUCGCUAGGAUACAAGAGGCAGAGCAGGCGGCCGAAUUCAAAAAGCGGUGGACUCAGUUUGUAAACGUCACUUUCUCUGCAAAGACCACCAUAGCAAGGAUUGCCUACAUUUUCUAUGGGCCGUAUGUCAAUAUUUCUAGCUGUAGGUUUGUUGACGAUGCCCGAUCAGGGUAUCAGAUUUCUCUCCAUGUCAACAACACGGAAACAAUUCUCUCUGUCGUUACAGACUAUCUAAAUCUGAGGACAAGGUUCAGCUAUUUAGGCUUUGGUGGCUAUGCCAAGGUGGCCACUCAGGGAAAGGUGACGAGGUUUGGCCUGGGCACUGAAACAGUAGCAAAAGAGGCACCCAGUAACAGGAUCGCUUUCCCCUUUGGAUUUAAAGUGAAUGUCGUUGCAGGGUUGAUCUUAGGGAUUAGCUUGGCUUUGCUGGCCUUCCAGUGGCACUUUUACAUUUCCUUCAGCAGACUCUUGCGUUGGAUCCUCAUCCUGGUCAUCACAUUGUGGCUUGUCGAGCUGGUUGACGUGUGGAGCUCUUGCACUCAGCCCAUCUGCGGAAAGUGGAGCAGCGACGUGAUGAGUGCAGAGGACAGUGCAGGGAAGGACCAGGCGCACCCUGUGAUUUUGCCUGACGUGGUCAUUACCUCCCUGCCCAGCUCAGGUGCGGAAAUCCUGAAGCAGCUUUUCUUCAACAGCAGUGACUUCCUGUACAUCAGGAUCCCUUCAGGCUACCUUGACGUCCCCGAAGCUGACUUUGAGAUCGACUCCUUCGUCGAUGCCUGUGAGUGGAAGGCCUCCGAUGUUCGGAGCGGCCGUUUCCGGCUGUUCCAGGGCUGGCUGCAUUCCCUAGUCAAAGACACGAAACUCCACCUUCAGAAUAUCCAUUUACAUGAAACCAGCAGAAGUAAGUCCGCGCAGCAUCCUGCUGCCAGACAGGACAAAAAACGGCGGCCCAGAAAAAGAGAAUCCAUAGCGGAGCAAAGAAGCCGAUUGAGAGGGAGUUCAGAGAAAGAGGCUGACUACAUUAGGGAACUCAGGAGACACAUAGCCUCUUAUCCAAAUGCGCGCCCCGUGCUUAGCCUGAGCAGUGGGAGCUGGACAUUAAAGCUGUCUUUCUUUCAAGAAAUCAUAGGCCCUUCCUUGAGAGCGCUCUAUGUAGUACGAGACCCCCGGGCAUGGAUCUACUCAGUACUGCACAAAAGCCAGCCGAGCCUUUACUCCUUGAGGAAGGUUCCCCAGCGCUUAGCGAUGCUGUUUAAAGCAGAGGGCAGGAAAGAAAAGUGUAGCUUAAAUGCAGGCUAUGCCUUUGAAUAUGAAUCGCUGAGGGAGGAACUCUCCGAUUCGAAUUCAAACGCUGUCUCUGUGAUGUCCCAUUUGUGGCUGGCAAACACGGCAGCAGCCCUGAGACUCAAUGGGGAUUUGCUGCCGGAGAAUUACCGGCUGCUCAAGUUCGAAGACCUAGUCAACUUCCCCCAGAAGGUGGCUGAAUCCAUCUAUGCCUUUCUGGGCAUCCCUCUGUCUCCCGCUAGCUUAAACCAAAUCCUAUUUGCCACGUCCACCAACCUUUUCUACCUUCCUUACGAAGGAGAGGUCUCCCCAGCGAGCAUCCAGGCUUGGCGACAUGAGAUGCCUCGCGAGGAAAUUAAGCAGAUCGAGGACAUCUGUUGGACUCUAAUGGACCACUUAGGCUAUCCAAAGUUUACCGAUUUAGAAGCUGCGGGUCAGCGGUAGUUUGCACUAAGGAUUCCCAGGCUCUUCAAUUUGUAGAUAAGAAUCAAAAAAGCUGGUUUAUUCUUGUAAAAUGUCUGUACAGUCUGUUACACUUGCAGAGAGAGAGAUUAUUUUAAAGGAAAUGAGAUAUUUGGUCUGGUAAGCUUCCCCCACCCUCCCUUUCCCUUCCUAAACAACAACGACAAUGAGAAAAAGCCCCCUCGUAAUUACUUUUGCUGCCUUUGAAAAUAAAGCUGUGUGAAUCUUUGCAUUCGUUUCCAGAUGGGGGACUGGCUAUAGCUCAGAGGAUGGGUAAUAGGAUCAGGGCCUUAUAUUCCUUGGCUCUUGGCAUGAAUCCCAGCCGGGCAGGGAGUUGCCAAGUGUCACUGCCAUCUGCUGGUUAUUUGGUGGCCAAUGUUGGGAGGAGGCUGGGCUCAGCCCUAGUUUUCAAUGAACAACUGUUUCUUUUGCAAAGCAGACUUGGCGUUUGGCAGCAUUGAUCUCCCUAGGGCUGGAUUUACUGACAUGUUAUGUCUGCUUUUAACUACCCCAGUGGUGCUGAGAAGCCAUAAAGUCAACCUAACCAGCCAGUUAAACUGUGUUUUAUGAUUGCCUGACAUCACUGAAGUGACAGAAAGCAGAUCACACACACACACACACACUGGCACAAUCUUGGCAUCCUAUUGGCAGCCUUAGCAAAAAGACCAAGACCCAAAGUGAAAUGGAAGCAUAUUCAUAGUAUUUCAAUGUGUUUCUUCCAUUCCUCAGCAUUAAGGAAUCUGGGUCCAUAAGGUGAUUUCAGGAUAGCGGUUCCUACUGUUACGUUGCUGUGAGUAAACAAUUCAUAGUCAGAAGUAAGGAUAAAUAUACAUACAGAGCCCAUUUCUGUGAUUGUCUUUCUGACAAGGGCUUCUUCUGUUGUUUUAUCUGGAUUACAUCUGCACAAAAUCUUCUCCUUCUCAGCAUCUUGAAACCAAGCCGGGAGUGCAGAAUCAGUUGCCUGAAAAAUAAGGUACAUGUAGAUGGGGAGAACCAUGGGCAGAUUAAGCAGUAUCUGGGGCUGUGCCAACAAUGCCCAUCUUAGUUUUGCUUUUCUAAGGGAUGGGGAAUCAGAUGUUGCUGGACUCCAACUCCCACCAUCCCUGACCACUUCCCAAGCCUGAAAACACCAGGAGGGUCAAAGGUACACAGAUAAAUUAGACUCACCUUUCUUCUCUCUCCACAAGUUCUUUCCACACAAUCUACAUGCAACAGUUUCAAUGAACCUUCUUGGGAGUGUGGAUGUGUGUAGGGUGAACCUGAUGUUGGCAGGGGCAUAGUAUAACUUGUGGGCUUUGAAUUAAGUUCCAGCUCUCUGUUGGGAACAAUGGAGAAAAUGUAUGGUGCUGCGUCACAGUGUUUGAUGCCCUUCUCAUUGAAAUGUAUUUAUUCACCCAUUCAUUGUUAAUGAUGUGGUUAAUAGGAUGUAUAUCACAGUUUUAUCUAUAUCCUACAAACUGGAGAAUAGUUCCACAGACUUUUAACACAAUGACUUCAGUGUAAAAUUGCAGCCUUAGGCCGAUCCUCCUUCUCCUAAAAAGUUGACUUUUUAAUGCCAGAUUUUAAGGGUCAAGACGGCUGUGGUAGCAUCUUCAUGUGGCAGGAAGAGAGUAAAUGCCACUUUCAUCAGCUGGAACAGGUUCGAGAGAA